AUGGCGGACGGGCGCAGCGAUCGCAGACGCCAUAAAAUGAAACUUCGCUCGACAAAACCAGAACCCGUAUACUGGUUGUCUCUGCCAGCGGAAAUUAGGCUUAUGAUUUUAGAUUUUUUCACACGUCAAAAGAGUCCUGGGUGGGCUUCCCAUGCAGCCGUUUGCAAGGAAUGGCAAUUCUUUAUAGAGAAAAGAAACUUUCAUCGGCUGAAGCUGCAAGGAUCUUGCCUCGACGAAUUCAACCGCAUCGUCAUUCGGCAGAGAUAUCUCGUUCACCAUAUCUGCCUUGAUAUCAGGCUGCCAAAAUACUCAUGCCGAAGUUGUGAGAAUACGGAGACACUUUUGUGGGAAUCUCGCAAAUGCUCCAUCAUCAGAGAUACAAUCUGGACGCUGUUCUCGAUUCUAAGCACUUGGGAUCCAGCUAGUGACCUGACGUUGGAGCUUAAAGCAUAUUCCCCUAGCGACUCGGAACACUGGUUCAAAAACCAUAGUUUUGCCUCUAAUGACGACGGUACCGGAGCCGCAAGUUCAACGCAAGAUGGUGAUCCCGGCGAAAUUAGCUCCAAGUGGCACGACCCAAAGCAUGGCUGGGUUAAUGGCCAGCGGGUUAAGACCCCUCCAUGGCUGGCCCUAUUCCGGUUGUUUCAACCGAGGCCGUUAGGCUUCCAAGAAACACUUCCUGAAGUUAAUGCAGUCACAUGUCUCAUCAUACCUCGACAAUUUCGUUCUUGGCUUCACCCCCUAGACAUGUGGAUUGUAUUGAGCGGCCUUUGCCGAUUAGAACGCCUGGUACAUGAGCCAUCGCGAUCACCAUGGAAAAACAGGCGAAUUAUUUUUGACGACGACGCCCUCUUCUUGGCCCAACUACUCCUCUCUAAAGCUCCUACCUCUCCUAAGAGCCUAUCCGUGUUUGAAGAUUUCAACGCCGAAUUCGCCACAACAGUAGCCAACCGUCAUCGGCAGCGGCCCACCGUUCUGCAACCAGGCCCCGACCGCAACGCAGACCCUCGAGUAGGCGCGGCCUUUGCCUCUCGAAGCCUCCACGUCGAACAGCUUUUCGUAUCAUUCUUGCUAAAUGCCGAGGACUUCUUCCAGGCUUGUUUGCCGACCUGGACGUGGCAGAAUCUCCAAUCUCUAGCACUCACAUCACAGCUCUUAAAACCCACAGGAUUCCACCUACGGCCCAAUGCCCUGCUAUGCCGAGCUGGCGUUGUAGCUCUCCAGAUGCCUAAACUCCGCACCUUGGCGCUGUGGAACGGCUCAUGCGGGUUUGCCGCUGCGUUUAUCUACCAAGUUCACAGAGACUCUGUGACUAUUACCUGGCGUGGGACGUGGAACCAGGAGUUCAACCUCUCAGUAGCCAAGGCCUGGAAAUCCGUCGCGUCGACACUACACUCAACGGAACUGCGGAUAAAAAAACAGCUAAUCCACCACAAGAUCGGGUGCCACGGCGACGCUAUACAUCACCUAGACCUACCCUGUCGAGUUGUGGAGCCGGCGUCGCUGUGGCAGAUACGGAGGGAGAAUUCCCACCAUACGAGAUAA